GAAACACUAACAUUUAUUGUUUACGAACAUACAUGCAGUGUUUACACACUUCUUAAAUGUUGUCUUUAAUGCUGCUGAUAAACCAAAGGAUAAAAAGUCCAACGGAACACAACAAAACCACAAUAAAUGUCAACGGGUGUUAUUAACAAUAUGGAAGAACUCUAGUAACAACCACAUUUAAAGCGACAGGACGCGAAAGUUCCGGACUACAAAUCCCAGAGUUCCCUAGAGUCGAGGCGGAGCUACCUUCAAACUGAUAGCUUUUUCACCCAAUGAGAGCCAGAAAAUUCCUAAACCACAUUCAGCCCGGCCAGAAGGGCUGGUUUCUUGGCGUGCGAACACUAAGGUAGUCUAACAUUACGUAGACUUUCUGAACAUGAGUGGCAGUUUCAGGGCCUAAGUCUAACUACUAAAUUAUUUCUCCCUGCAUUAGUCUCCUAGUGACCUUAAUAACUCUCUACCCAACUCUAGCUCGGUGGAAACUCGAACGUCUAAAUGCUAAAACUGACGUACAUCAGUACCAGCGGAUAAAUGUAGUCGACCAGGGGAAAGGCGGAAACCGCCCUUAUUCUUGCCCUUUAUUGGCCACGCAUCCCACCAAUGGGGCCAUUACACUUCCGCUAACGAAAUGUAUGGCGUGGUGGUGUGAGACUUGUACGUACGCUGGGUCUACGAAGGGGCAGCUGUUCUGCUCUCAUCCAAUCGGAAGCUAGCAAGAAUUCCCCGGGCCUCUAUGCCCCACAGCUUUCGCGUCGCGUUACGGCCCGCCUCUCUGCAGCCGACCAAUCCUCUUGAUUUUCUUGUGCGCAUUACCCAAUCAGAGAGGUCGAGGCGGGGUUCCAGUGGACCGCUCUAAGCCGCCGCGCAGCCUGCGUUUUCUCCGGUACAGGUUGAGGGCUGGCACCUGAGGUACAUUUUGCUGGGCCAGGCUGGGCUGGGUCCCCGGGAUGGGCAGCCCUCUCGACGAGCGGCGAUGCCGUGGUUGAGUCUAGAAAGCUAAAGUCGCUGGACAUCUAUCGCAGGAGCUAGGAGGGACGUGGGAGGUCUGGUCGGAGUGUGCACGUGUUGGAGGUCUCGCCUCGCAGUGGGAGUCACCGGGUCAAACCUGCUGGCCCUGGCCAAAGAACCUUCUGCGGGUGAGGCUGCUGUUGCCGUUGCGGUUCCCAGCACUUCCUCUGGGGCAUUUUUCAGUAAAAGCCAAACGCCCUUGUUCAUUUUCAGGGAAAGACGUGUUUCCUCCUGCUCUUCACUCUCCGCGGAUACUCUCUCCACCACCUUCUGAGUUUAGUAUAAUCCUUUCGUAGGCCAGAAAGCAGAUUUUCUCUUGGGAAGAGACGUCCCAUAGUAUGGGAUUUGGUAGGAUACCAGCAACUGGUUUAUUAUAUCGUUUAAACCACAUGGCUAUCUAAAGAGGUAUUUGUUACAAAUAAAAUGGUGAUGAACACGUGUACAGGUGUUUGUAUGGACAUAAGUUGUCAUUUCUCUUGAGUAAAUACCUAAAAGUGGGAUUGCUGGAGUUUUACUACCCUUGGAUGCUGCUGUUGAUAUGGAAAAGAUUGAGGAACAGUUUGCUAAUCUGCACAUUGUUAAAUCUUCCUCAGGAACCAAAGAGCCCACUUACCUUCUUGGUAUAGACACAUCAAAGACUGUCCAAGCAGGAACAGAAACUGUGGCUGCUGUUUUAUGUUCUAAUGGAUCAAUCAGAAUAUAUGAUAAAGAAAGGUUAAAUGUACUACGAGAAUUUAGUGGAUAUCCUGGACUUCUUAAUGGAGUCAGAUUUGCAAAUUCCUGUGAUAGUGUAUAUUCAGCAUGUACUGAUGGCACUGUGAAAUGUUGGGAUGCUCGAGUAGCCAGAGAAAAACCUGUUCAGCUCUUCAAGGGUUACCCUUCCAAUAUUUUUAUCAGUUUUGAUAUUAAUUGUAAUGAUCAUAUUAUUUGUGCUGGUACAGAAAAAGUUGAUGAUGAUGCAUUGUUGGUGUUUUGGGAUGCAAGGAUGAAUUCUCAGGAUUUAUCUACAACUAAAGACCCACUUGGUGCAUAUUCAGAGACACAUAGUGAUGAUGUCACUCAAGUACGUUUCCAUCCCAGCGAUCCCAACAUGGUAGUCUCAGGUUCAUCUGAUGGCCUGGUAAAUGUAUUUGAUAUUAAUGUUGAUAAUGAGGAGGAUGCACUGGUUACAACCUGUAACUCAAUUUCAUCAGUAAGCUGUAUUGGUUGGUCUGGGAAAGGUUAUAAACAGAUUUACUGCAUGACACAUGAUGAAGGAUUUUAUUGGUGGGAUCUUAAUCAUCUGGAUACUGAUGAACCAGUUACACGUUUGAACAUCCAGGAUGUCAGAGAGGCAGUUAACAUGAAAGAAGAUUCUUUGGACUAUUUGAUUGGUGGCCUGUACCAUGAAAAGACAGACACAUUGCAUGUUAUUGGAGGAACAAACACAGGAAGGAUUCACUUGAUGAACUGCAGCACGUCAGGACUGACUCAUGUGACUAGCCUUCAGGGUGGGCAUGCUGCUACAGUCCGUUCUUUCUGUUGGAAUGUGCAAGAUGAUUCUUUGUUGACUGGAGGAGAAGAUGCACAGUUGUUACUUUGGAAACCUGGAGCUAUAGAGAAGACCUUUACUAAGAAAGAGAGCAUGAAAAUAGCAUCUUCUGUGCACCAACGAGUACGAGUUCAUAGUAAUGAUUCUUAUAAAAGAAGGAAAAAGCAGUGAUAAUGCAUUUGGCACUUUGACAUUUGGGCUGCUUCUACCUCUUGCCAAUUGGGAGUAAUACUGCAAUGAACAUGGGUGUACAAAUAUCUCGUCAAGAUCCUGCUUUCAGUUCUUUUGGAUAUAUACUCAGAAGUGGAAUUGCUGGAUCAUAUGGUAAUUCUAUUUUUAGUUUUUUGAAGAAUCAUGUUAACUUUUAAACAAAUAGCCCCAUUCUCACGGAGUGUAGUGCAAUAUGUGAAGAGGUGGCAUAUUGCCUUCCCUCUAAUUAAAUUGAAAAUAGCAAUCGUGCUCAUAUAUAACCAUUAAAAUAUGUUUAAACUUCUUACUUAAGAUGCAUCAAUUACACUGUUGGCAACUAUAGACGCUUUCAUUUCCUCCCAGUCUCAGUCAACAAGCUGUUCUUUACUUUUAACAACGCCCUCCCCCAAUAUCAGGGUCACUAGAGCAGAAGAUUCCUGAUGGAAGGACCUGUGUUGUUCAAUACUGUGCCCCAAGUAACUAGCACAGUAGUUGGCAUAGAAUAAGCACUCAAAAAGAAUGGAUACAUGAACCAGUGCGUGCAUGAAUAAGAAGACCAUGUUGCUAGGAAUAGUGUAAAAAAAUUGAACUUAGCCCCAGGAGAGAAAGGAGCAAGCAGGAAGUGGAACACAGAUGGCAAAGAGACAUUUAAUGACAUGAAUUUUGCCAGAAUGAUGACACCAUCCCUAGGAUGAAUUCAGAGUAAAGCUCUGAUGAUCACACAGGAUCAUACCAGCCAUGAAGGUUUGAGGAGAUGGGAAACCCAUGGAAUGCUAAUGAUAAGGUCCUUUCAGAUUAAUAGGAUUGCGCUCUAGGGAUUAAAACCCAAGGGAGUGCUGAUAGUGCAGGACCCUCUUCCCCUUCUCUUCUGCCACACAGCAUGGACUCUGGGGUAUGGGCGGGUGGGGUGAGGAGCAUUGGAAGCAAAAGCAUUAUCACACCAAGUGGAAGAUUCCGUGCUGGCCGGCUUGCUGCACACGAGGCCAACUGAAGCCCUCUGAUGGGGACUGGAGUGUGAAGUAAAGAGGGGAUUCAACACUCCAGGAUGAGUUAUCGUCUCACGAAAGAAGCAAACUCUCCUACUAAAGGCUGCUGUCCUCACAUCUUUGCACUUGAUACGCAAUCUUAGGAAAUGAACUGGAGAAAAUGGGAUUACACUGUAUCAAUAGAAAUUAAACUUAGAACAAAAAUUGCAUGAAUUUAUAAAGGGUAUAUAAGCCCUGGAACAAAUUGUUCAGUGGAAAUGAUGCUGUCACAUAUCUGAAGCAUUCAUGAAUCGUAAGUUCACUUCCAUUCAAAUGAAGAGACGAAAUUCAAGAGAAGAGUUCCUUUUAAUAGGCAUAUCCCCCCAGAGGGAUAAAAGACAAGGUUGGGUUGCUUAGUGAUUACAUGAAAUAGUUUCUUAUCCCCUUAGUCAAGAGUUUAAAUUUCACUAACAAAUCAAUACAGUGAGUAGUGGAAUCUUUUAUUGCUUUAUAGGGGAGUCAACAUGGCUUAAUAGAAAACUCACUAAACCUGGGCUCAGAGGUUCUGCAUUCAGAUAUUAAUAUUGCCUUGACCACAUUAGCCUUUUAGAGAAUGAUCAGUUUCCAUCACACACACUGCCAACAGUGUGAGACAAAUCCGACCAUGUUUCUCCCCAACAUAAAAUUCUUCGUGGAGGUAAUUUUACACCUAUAGGGCAAAUUCUGAACAUCUCUGUUUCAUUAUUUGACUCUUUCUUACCUAAGCAACCUUAACUUACAUCAUUUGCCCCUCACUUCAUGUGAAGCAACACUGAACAGUAGGUAGUUCUUUCGGGAUAUACCAUGCUCAUUCACGCUUACUCUGCUUGAAAUUCUCUCUCCACUCAUUUGGCAAACUUUUACUCAUUUUUUUUCUGUCUCCGCUUAACUGCCACUUCUGUACCGGCAUGGUGACUCACACCUUAUAACCCCAGCACUUUGGGAGGCCA